AUGGUGCUCGCCAACCAGAACAUCAAAGCUGUCAUGGGUAAAGGUUACUCGACGUUAUCGGCCGAUCCUUUUGUUUUAACCAACCCAAUGUUUCGUGAAUUGGUCAAGGUGGUUAGCAGAUUUGCAAUUGAGAAGAUUAGGGAGCAAGUACAAAUGUUCAAGAAAGAGAUCAGUGAUCGCAGCUUGAGACCUUGUACAGGAGUUUUCAGUACUGUCAUGAAGCUACCUUGUAGACAUAUCAUAUACAAGGAAGAAUAUGAUCAGCUUCGACAGGCAAUAGAAGAAAUGCCAUUUGAGCACGUACGAAAAGAAAAGCUUGAUGUUAUCAGCCAAAUGGUGGACAACAUCAAUGCUAAUCUGGAUUUCAAGGUCUUACAGCCUUUGAAAAAGAAGGAACAAGUAGUCAGUAGUCAAAAAAUUUCAAAGACGGGGAGAAUUUUUUCCCAAGGUGAAGCCGCUGAGCCUUUUGUAGCCUUGUUCUCCGUCUGCAUGCUAAAUCACGUCGCUUCGGUGACAAAAGUUCUUGGGGAUGGAAAUUGUGGUUUUCGUUCUGUUGCUGCCUCCGUAGGAAAAGAUGAAGUGAAAAGAAUUGCGCUGUCUCUUGGUGUUGAGCUCUCGGGUGACUUUAAGAAGGAUGAGGAUUCCUAAAUGGAUGUAAGAAAUUGCC